UUGCAUUUGCUCAAUUGUGCCAGUGUGUGGCAAUUCGGUACCGGAGGUUGAAAUCUUCGAUACAAUAGUGGAAUAUUGUAAAGAGUUUUAGAAACCCGAAAGUUGCUUUCAAGUAUAUUUUUUAGCACAAAUAGACGGGGCAAAGUGUACAGUGGGACAGAUCCUGCGGACACCAUUUCGCGCUGAACUAAAUUUAAUCAUUAACUAUUCCCGCCACACACAGUUCAAGGGGCGAGUAAACCCGGCUCUCUCUUCACAUUUUAAUGGCAUCUGGAAAUGCUUGAUUAAACUGAUAAGGUAUGAUUUUGAGCGACCUUUAGACCCGUUUUAUUCAGCUCCACGGCUCUGCCUGCGUGGAGCCAACCGAAUGAGGUGUGUUGCUAAUUUUGGCGGCCUGCUGUCGACGUGUGUUUUUCCCCAAAGGAGUUUCAAAGCGUGAAAUCCAAAAUGGCCGCGGACUGAACUGAAGCAGCGGUAAUGAAGAAGAAAAAAUGCUGGUAGUGUGAGCUAAAGUAAUGGAUUAUUUCGGUUGGUAAUAAACAUCUGAGAGAAACAAGUCCAUAUGUAUUUCAUCUGACCGUGAACUGAAAUUGGCUAGCUUAACAAGAGGAAAAGACUAAACUACCCACAAUGUCCACCUGCGUCACAAAUAUGUAUCAAACCUAGUCUUGGCUUUGACUGCCCAGAGAACAUAUUGUAAACCAACAAGAGACGAAUUAAGAAGGUAACAGACCAGCACUCUUAUAGAAAUAAACAGUGAGACCGCCGCCAUAGCAACCAAGAUGGCAGAUUACAAUCAGACCACAGACGCAACAGCGACAGCGACAGCUACAGCGACAGCGAAAGCUACAGCGAAAGCUAUAGCGACGGAUAUCCCAGAAGAGUGCGUGGACGGUUCACAAGCUGUCUGGGCCAGCCUGCAUAUGUGCCUAGAUGGGCCCCUGCAAUAUGUCGCCUUCUGCUUUGCCAUGGGUUCCAUAUGUUUGUGGCUGAUCUCCCAUCUUUUUUUAUUGAGAGCCAGACAUCGCGAAGGCAAUGCGAGUCGUCGACAGUUCUUAACCCUAGUUCACAUCUGCUCUGCCAACCUGUGUAAUGUGAUUGGUGCUCGCCUCUCUGAACAGCUUGGAACGCAGGUGCUGAUUGCCAUCUAUUUCAUGGGUGCUGAUGUUGUCUUCUUCAUUCACUAUUUAUACCUCUGGUGCACCUUUAAACCUCACCUAGCAGAUAGAAUUCCCUACACAAUAUACAACCCUACAGGUGAAUGGAAGAGUCCAGCACGAGCGAGGAACAAGCAGAACGGUAACCGCACCCGUAUCAUGUGUCUCCUCCUAGCAUGGAUACCAGCGAUGGUCUACAUGCCUCUUGCUUCAUCGUCGUCAUGGCAACCAGAGAAGAUGCAGAAUUUUGGUCCUGGAAGAAAACUUCUGAUGGUCUCUGACUCAGGUAUUGACAACUUUGGUUUCACCCUGGGUGUGUUUGCUAUUUUCAUUUAUGGCCUGGCGAAGGUUCCUCUUGUCAAAGAUGGGCUUCGCCAGGAGGAGUCCCUGCUGGGGCACGUGCACGUCUGUAAUUUUUCCAUGAUGGCCAACGUCGCCUACAUUCUGUCCAUCGUGAUAUACAACCAGGAGCUGAAGUUCAUGCUCAAUGCGUUGCCAUGGUUACUCAUGAGCGGUGUGUGCACUCUUUUCGAUUUUAUUCUUUUAUACCUAAUGGCUCGUCAGCAACGCCGGAUAGCCCGGGAAAAAGCCGCCCAGCGCUGGGAAGAAGGUCGCGUCCACGGAGUGGAGGAGUAUCGAGAGGACGAUGCGAGUGGUUUGGGGGAUGAUGGUGAUGAGGAAUGGCAACCUACACAAGCACCUAGACUGACUGCUAUACAUGAAGAAGAGGAGGACAGUGAUGAUAGUCUUAUACUGCGUGAACACCAUACUCCCCUUCUCAUUUUCAAAAAGCAGCCCACGCGCAGCCAGGUGGCCGCGGCCGCGACCUACUCGGGCUCCGACAGAGAGACCGACGGAGAGGCCACAGGUCAAAGGUCACCGAUUCAGGCCUUGCCGCCACCCCCGCAGCAUCCUCGAGGAGGGAGGAGGCAGAAAGCGGCGGCCAAGCCAAGAGCAGAGGACAACAACACCCUUGGGCAGGAUCUGGAGUGGGACCUCUCAGACAUAAACAGGACCUACAGAGAGGAUGAUGAAGUUGACAACGAAGAUGACAGCGAAGAGGAUGAAGACGUGAUAUGGGACGAGGAGAUGAUCAUGAAGGAGGUCGAAGCAGAGCUGAAACGCCGAGAGGCGGGCGGCCAGGAUCCAGAGAGAGACAACGUCUCGGACAUCUCGGUCCGAUCCUUGGAGUUUGAAGAAAUCCCGGUGGAUGGGGAGAUGGAGGAGGGGAUGCAAGACGAGUGGUUCGAUAGUUAGUCAAGGAGAAACAUGUUGAAUAGACCUAUUGCAUAGAGAGCCCUCUCUGGGGACAGAUCUUAAAUUUAAAUGCUGUUCAAAAGGUAUCUAUCUGGUAGCAGUUACGGAUGCAACUGAGUUGUACAUGGUUCAGGAGAGGCAGGCAAGGAAUAGGUUUGUCAUAAGAAUCAUUUCAAAGCAGCAUGUUGAGUAGGAUCAGAGUGGAGCAUAGUAGAGAGGUGCAGUUCUUUGGGGGGGGGGGUCCCCAUUUCCCACUCAAAUCCUGUAGCUCCCAAGUUUUCCUUUGUACCUUGAAUUUCGUUACAUUUCAGCAAAAUGUUUCUUAAAUAUUUCCUAAUUUUUCCUUCCAAAAAUCCAUUCCUAAAUGAAUCGUUUCGGGGGUUUUUAGCCACCCAUAAAAAGUUUCAUAAUGCAACUGUGCCUAGUAUUAGCAAACUGGGGAGCAAUGCUUUUGUUCUUUGGUCUAAGCCUUGGUGCCUCCUUGAAAUGCCCCACAGGUAAUUCUAAUAGAAGUUGGACAUGCCAUUAAUGAAAACAAAGGUUUGAUAACAAAGGUUAAUAUUGUACUCUUGAAAUAAACUAUUACCUCCCUACUUACAGUUAUCAUUGCAAUAAAGAGUUUACUUUAAAUUAAUUUCCCACCUUUAAAGUUUUAGCUCCCAAAUUUUUGUGCGACAGCUGUAACAUUUUAUUUGGACAUUUGUAUAUUUGUAGCAAUUGCAACUCUAGAUGUGGACAAUAGAGAAAUCUUUUCGAUCAGUGACAUUUAAUAAUUUUAUAUUCAAAAGACUGUAGUUUUACUUUAAAAAUUCGUUAUAAUACUCAAACAUACUUAAUUUGAUUAUUAUGGAGUUCUGUUAAUCAUGAUUUGUUUCAUUUUGGUGUAUGUAUAACUUUGAAUUUGUUGUAUUCAAGUGUACUUUUCAUUCAUCAUUUUUAUUAAUGGCUUCUCAGUUUUGUUUCAAAUUUUACAUGUACUCGUAGUCACUGCAAUACGCUUUUCCAUUAAUUUUGGGUGAUAAUUAUAACUAAAUAAUUUGGUCUUUCUUUGUUUUCAAUCAAAUUAAAAUGUGUAUACAGUAGCAUCCGUAUUCUAAUUGCCUUUAGUGUUCAAUUUGAAUGACACAAUUCAAGGGAAAUUAUUUUACCGCUUGCCUUUUGUAUGUUAAUGUUUCUAAGCUUACAAACUUUGUCUUGCUUCUGUCUUUGUCGAAGAAUCAGCUGAAUAUAUUCAUUCAGCCUUAUAAGUUUUAAAUCUUAGAUAUUUCUUUGUGAUUUAGUUUAUUUAUUUUUCACAAGUUCGGUCGGUAUACCUGCAGUAAAAAGCACCUACGGUAGAAAGAUAAAAGUAAAGUUAAGGAAUGGAAAAGUUAAGGGCAAUUUCAUAAUUUACAAAAUGAAAAAAAAAAAAAAUGAUGAAAAAAAGUAUCCAUUUUGAUAAAUUUUGAUUUUCCCUCCUUUCUUGAAAUACACUGUACAGCUAUGUAACUUAGAUUUCAUUGCUAAUCAUUCCACUUUUCUGAUUAAUGGUUUUUCCAAGAUAACAGAUGACUCAACGAAUUUGUGUAUUCAAUUAUUCAAUUAAUAUUGAUUUAGUUAUAAUGAAUUUACUGCUGUAAAUAUUAGAUAUAUUUUAUACUGUAAAAUAUAUACUUGAUAAACAGAGCUUCCACUGAAGUAAUGAACGAUUUAAUUUUUGAUAAAUAAAAUGUAACAUUUCCAACUCAGAUAGCCGUAUUAUUUACAACGGUACAUAAAUGUAGUAUACUUUACUGAAUAAACAUGUCGUUAAAAAGAUUGUUGUCUUAUUUUA